AUGACACAAGGCAAGAUCAAUAUCAUCGACGAUGUCGGUGGACAAUCAGUAUUCAACUUUGUUGUCAUGAACUAUUGCGAGAGCAUUCGAGAAGAUCCUACCAUCAAACACUUUUUUGCCAAAGUCGACCUCAAAGGUCUGAUUGUAUUGCAAACUGACAUCUUGAAGGUCGCUUUUAUGGACGCUUCCCCCCAAGAGACCGAAGCGGCCAUGGGCCGUCUGGCUGUCAAUUACCAAAUCGGGCAACUCGGAUUGAACGAAACGCACUUUGAAGCAAUGAAGGCUCACUUUCUCUUGGCCCUGCGACACUCUUGGGUCGAAGAGAGCCUCGUCCAAAUGAUCGACACACAAUACAACAUAUUGCUUCCCUUGUUUCAACAAAGCAGCAAAAGCGUCCGACCAUCUAUUGCGCAAAGACCAACUCCUUUGAGCAAGAACACUCAUGCUGGACACCACCAGCGAAUGUAA